AUGAGUAGUAAGUCACGUGCGUGGGAUUACUUCAAAAAGACUAAUGAAAAGUUUGCCAAGUGUUCUUUGUGUAAAAGAGAGUUUAAACUAAGUGGAAAUACUACGAACUUGAUCGAUCAUAUGAAGAGAAAACAUAAUGAGGUAUGGAUGUGGUCAUCCACUGUUUCUGUUACUCAAGACGUAGAUACCACUGAGCAAAAUGAGAAAAUGGGCCCAAGCCCUAAAAAGAGAAAUACGCUAAAAAAUUAUUUUGAUAGAAGUAGUAAAUAUCCAGAUGGGAAAACAAAGCAAAAUUUGGAUAACAAAUACGUGCGCAUGAUUGCUGUUGACAUGGAACCUUUGCGAAAAGGAGAACAUGAACGAUUUCGGGAUUUUGUAAAUGCUCUCGAUAGUAGAUAUGAAAUUCCUGAUACAACAAUAUUGAAAAAGAAAUUACUGCCGGAAUAUUAUGAAAACGUGAAACAGAAGCUCGUCAUAGCAUUAUCGAAAGCAGAACAUGUUAGUGUGACUACUGACUUAUGGACAUCAAUUGCAAAUGAAGGCAUCCUUUCAGUUACUUGUCAUUUCUUUCACAACGAAAAAUUAAUUGCACCAUUAUUGGAAGUUGUGAAGAUGGAAGGAAGUCAUAACGCAGAAAAUAUAGCCAGUAUGUUGGAUGCUACUCUCUCAAAAUGGGAUAUCAGGUCAAAAUGUGAAGCAAUAACGACUGAUAACGCUCAAACAAUGAUUAACGCCGCAGCCAAACUGCAUAUACGACAUAUACCCUGCUUUGCGCACACACUAAAUCUGACGAUGAGUACUCUAGCUAGCGAUAAAUUACGGGCUAUUCAACGUGAAUUAAAUAAACCAGAACUGAAAGUGAUCCAGGAAGUACCCACCCGCUGGAACAGUGCAUACCACAUGCUGCAAAGAAUUGUUACAAUGAAGACAGAAUUAACUCUCGCACUUAAUGAAUGUAAUCGGGCUCCACCAGGAGUCAAUGCUGACGAAUACCUAAUUAUUCAAGAAACAAUUCAAAUUCUGGAACCUUUCGAUCUAGCUACAACAAAAAUUUCCGGAGAAAGCUAUAUAACAUUGUCACUGAUAAUACCAUUGAUUCGUGGAAUAAAAACGAAAUUAGUAGAAGUUGAAUCUCAAAUUGUUACUGAAAGCGGAAACAAAAUAUUACUCUGCAUGAAGGGAUCAGUUGACAAAAGACUAAGUCCCUAUGAAAGCAGGACACCUGUUGUACUUGCUACAAUAUUGGACCCCAGAUUUAAGAAGAAGGGGUUCAAAACAAGUGACGACGAGAAGCGAGCUGGUCAGUGGCUGGAAAAGGCCUAUGCUAGCCAUUUAACUAAAGAACGCUUGGCUGUAGAAGAAACGCUACCAACACCAUCCACGUCUUCAGGAACAUCUAAUGACCUGUUGGGAUUUCUAGACGUUCCGGACGUAUCGACCCCGUUGAGUAACUCAUUGGUAGAUGUCAGGCAAUAUCUCGAGAAGCCAGUAAUUGACAGAAAAGAGUGUCCUAUAACAUACUGGAAAUACACCAACAAUAAAUUGAAGGAAUUAGCGAUGCUCUAUCUCUGUAUUCCAGCAUCUUCUGUGCCUUCAGAACGAAUAUUUUCGAAGGCCGGACAAAUUUUAACCGAACGCAGAAAUAGGUUAAAAGAAAAAAGAUUAAAUGAAUUGUUGUUUAUAAAACAAAAUAGCUGUUAUUUUAAUGAUUGA